UUUUUGGCACAAUUUGAUGAAAGCCUCAAACGCUUCAGAAAGCCUCGGUUUCCCAUCACUAGGUAGAAGGUUGGAAAAACACGGCGUGCGGGUUGCCUGUUACGCGGCGAAACAUUAUGGACCAUGGCAAGCAAACGUUGGGACAAAGGGAUAAUCGGCGUGACGUUUCCGAGAUGGCGAGAGCCUUGCGACAAACUUCGACUUGGCAGAGACGCUGCUCUUGCACGUUAUUAGACAGGGGUAACACAGUUCAUAUUCCCAUAGCAACUUAUCAACUGCUGAUAAUGAGUCUCCUGACACAACUCAGAUUGUUACUGUGGAAGAACUUUACUCUACGGAGGAGACAGAAGGUGCGGUUGCUGGUGGAGCUGAUUUGGCCUCUGUUUCUGUUCUUCAUUCUUGUGGCGGUCAGAUCCACCAAUCAGCCUGUUUAUAAAAGCCAGUGCCACUACCCCAAUAAGCCCCUCCCAUCAGCAGGUGUGUUGCCAUGGAUACAGGGCAUGUUGUGUAACUUGCAGAACCCGUGUGUCAGUUACCCCACACCUGGUGAAGCACCUGGACAGGUGAACAACUUCAAAGACUCCACAGUAACAAAGGUUUUGAUUGAGAUUCAGUCGCUCCUGGCAGAUCCUGCCCUCUUCAGCAACGUUAAACUGAUCUCUGAUGAUAUCGGCCAAUGGUCGUCCAUCCUACAGAAUGCCAACCCAGCUGGAGGUCAGUCCAUUCCGCUUCGCAGUUUGCUGAGAACCAACGAGACGUUUUCAGAAUAUCUGACGAACAGCCUUUCUGUGCCAAACACAACAGCCACGAGCCUGAUGAGGGUGAGAGUUCGGCUUGGCCAGUUGCCUACGCUCUCAAGUGAGGGAGAUCUGCGGUCGGUACUCUGCGGUGAAUCGGUUGAUCGCAUCUUGGAGUUUAAUUCAGCCAAUCAGAAAGCUGAGUUUCAGAACAUCACAUGCUCCUUGACAGCCAAUCAGCUUCUUCAAGCCAGACGAGUGUUCAUGCAGAAUGUUGACAACAUGAAACUACUAAAUGCACUUCCAUUAGCACUGGGUCUGAACCGGCUCGAGGCGGCCACACUGAUGGCACAAACCAGCGGUCACAUCGCUCCACUAAUGACAGUGAUGUCUAAUUUUGGGUUUUCAGAACUGUUAAGUGCAGCGGACACUUUGGACUUCAGGUCUGAUCCAUUUGGAAGCCUCAGUCAGCUGAUGUGUGGAACAGACUCUAACACAACAUCCAAUAACACCAGAAGAGCUGCUGUGUGGACAGUGUCAACAAAAUUAGACCAAAAGAACACACGGGCCGCAACAGCUGACAACACCAACACAACCAGCACUAACACCAGUGAGUUCUGUAAAAACUUGACGGACACACUGGAGAGCUCGCCCAGCCUACGUCUGUUCUGGAAAACCUUCAGGCCCUUUCUGCAAGGAAAAAUCCUCUACACGCCCGACACAAAUGUUACACGGAGCAUCGUUACAGAGGCCAACCGCACCUUUGAUGCUGUGGCUAAAGUUGGCGAACUGGCAGAGGCAUGGCUGCAGAAUGAAGAUGUGAUCUGGGAUUUUUUCAACAGCAGCACACAGAUCAAUGCACUGAGGGGUCUUCUGAAGAACCCUGUUCUUGCAGUAGCUCUGGACCAGAGUCUGGAGGAUACUAGUCUGUCCACAUCGCUAAUCAGCAACUUCCUGUUUAACGGUCCAGAGUCCCAGCGCCAAGCAGGAAUGCCAGCCUUUGACUGGCGUAACGUCUUCAGCGCCAUCAGCCAAGCAGCACAGCAACUCACUCAGAUUCUACGGUGUUUUGAUCUGGAUAAGUUUGAAGGUGUCAGCAGUGAGACUGUGCUGGUUGAGCAGUCUUUGAAGCUCAUGAUUCAGGAUAGGUUUUGGGCCGGACUGGUCUUCACGGAUCUCUCUGACCCCAGUGACCUCCAGCCUCCAACCCACAUCAGAUACAAGAUCCGCAUGGACAUCGAAGAGACCGAAAGAACAAACAAAAUCAAGGAGAGGUCCUGGUCCCCAACGGCCCGCGACAACCCAUUUAAUGACCUGCGGUAUGUGAGGGGAGGGUUCGUGUACCUGCAGGACAUGGUGGAUCGAGGAAUCAUUAAGGUCCAGACUGGAGUCAAUCAGACGCUCGGAGUAUAUGCACAACAGAUGCCAUACCCAUGUUACAUGGACGACGUCUUUGUUUCGUCCAUUGGCACCAUGUUGCCCAUGUUCCUGGUGCUAGCGUUCAUCAACACUGCCUCCCUGACCAUCAAAGGCCUGGUUCUGGAGAAGGAGCGCCGUCUGAAGGAGGUUCUGCGGGUUGUCGGGGUUCGAAACGCUUCAAUGUGGUUCUGCUGGUUUAUAGAGAACAUGGUUCUGCUGACCAUUCCCUGUGCUUUGAUCUCUUUGAUGGUGAAGUAUGGGAAGAUUCUGCGAUACAGUGACCCCUCUGUGAUUUUUGUAUUCCUCCUGGUCUUCUGCGUGGCAACUGUCAUGCAGUGCUUUUUCAUCAGUGUGUUUUUCUCUCGGGCGAAUCUGGCAGCUGCCUGUGGGGGCCUCAUCUACUUCCUGCUCUACCUGCCUCAUGUGCUUUGCUACGCCUGGAGGGAUGUCCUGGGCUUUGGUGCCAAGAUCGCCACGAGCCUGCUAUCGUGUGUUGCAUUUGGAUACGGCUGUGAGAAUUUCGCCCUUUAUGAAGAGCAAGGCAUCGGGAUUCAGUGGAGCAACAUCCGGCUCAGUCCGCAGGAGAACGACCGCUACUCCUUCAUUGUUUCCAUCUUCAUGAUGCUGUUCGACGCUCUCAUUUACUGGAUACUGACCUGGUACAUUGAGAACGUCUUUCCAGGUCAGUAUGGUAUCCCAAAGCCCUGGUAUUUUCCCUUUACUUCCUCGUACUGGUGUGGCACUCGGGUGGGAUCAGAUACUGAACCCGACCUGAUUCAUGAGCUGGAGGACCAGAAAGACUACUUGGAAAAGGCUCCGUCUGGAAUGAAGCCUGGUGUGUGUAUCCGCAACCUGGUAAAGGUAUAUAAGACGGGAAAUAAACUGGCUGUGGAUGGACUCAGUCUGGACUUCUAUCAAGAUCACAUCACCUCGUUUUUAGGACAUAAUGGAGCCGGAAAAACCACCACCAUGUCAAUACUGACAGGUCUUUUUGCUCCCACCUCUGGUACCGCUUAUAUUAACGGUUACGACAUCCGCACCGACAUGGACACCAUCAGGACACACCUGGGAAUGUGUCCACAACACAACGUCCUCUUCAAUGAUCUGACAGUAGAAGAACACAUUUAUUUUUAUGCCCGUCUGAAGGGACGGAGCUCUAAAGAGGUGGAGAAGGAAAUUGAUCAAAUGAUUAAAGACGUGGGUCUACCUCACAAACGCAAAGACCUCGCCAAGAACCUCUCAGGUGGGAUGCAGAGGAAACUGUCUGUUGCCAUCGCAUUUGUGGGUAAUUCGAAUGUUGUCAUUUUGGAUGAGCCAACAGCAGGAGUCGAUCCCUAUGCACGCAGAGGCAUCUGGGAGUUGCUGCUCAAAUACAAAAAAGGUCGUACUAUAAUUCUGUCUACCCAUCACAUGGAUGAAGCGGAUAUUCUGGGUGAUCGUAUUGCCAUCAUCUCGCAUGGGCGCGUCUGCUGCUGCGGUUCUUCACUCUUCCUCAAGAAAACAUAUGGUAGAGGCUAUUAUCUCACGGUCGCACGGGCCAAUCAGGAUCGAGUCACCACGCAACGGUUUAAAGAGUGUGAUAAAUUCAGUGUGGAUGAGGGAAUAUGCAGUGACAGCAUCAGCAGUCUGGACCCACCAGAUGUGGCAGAUCUGAGUCGACUGGUGCGGCGGCAUGUGCCGGAGGCCGAGUUUCUGGAGGCCGUGGGUCAAGAGCUGGUGUACGUGCUGCCAUACACGGGCGCCAGAAACGGCAGCUUCGCUUCCCUGUUUAAAGACCUGGAUCUGGAGAAAAGCACUUUGGGCGUCACCAGCUACGGGAUAUCAGACACAAGCCUGGAGGAGAUCUUUCUGAAGGUGGCUGAAGACACAGGUGUUGACGUGGAAUCUCAUGAUAAGAGAGAAAAUCUUGAACAAAAGCCCAGAAGCAGCUCAAGGAUAUCAGGAAUACAGGCUAUCAGUUCAGCAUUGGAAUCCAAAGAUGAAAACACUGUGAAAAAUGAUGUGAAGGUUAGAUUCACUAGUCGUGUAGAGGACACCCAGCGCCCCAUGUGUGCGAAUGGCAAAGGGUCAUACGUCAUCAUGGGUUGGCCUCUGAUCAGGCAGCAGUUUUUAGCUCUUUUUAUCAAACGAUUCCACCAUGGCCGUAGAAGCCGGAGAGGAAUCAUUGCUCAGGUUGUGAUGCCGGCAUUCUUUGUGUGUCUGGCUCUCAUCUUCUCUCUGAUUGUUCCUCCGUUUGUGGAAUAUCCCAAUCUGGAGCUUCAGCCCUGGAUGUACGGAGCUCCACAGAAUACCUUCUACAGUUUUGAUGAUCCUGGUGUAGAUCAGGUGAAGAGAGUGACAAAUGCUCUGCUCAGUUCACCGGGAUUUGGAACACGUUGCAUGAGCACCAACCCCAUACCUAAAUUACCCUGUAACCCUGCGGGAGGCACUGAUUGGUUCACUCCUGCGGUGGAUCCGUCCGUCAGUGAGAUAUUUGAGAAGGGUAACUGGAGCAUGGAGAACCCGUCGCCUGAAUGCCAGUGCAGCACGCCGCAAAGGAGCAUCAUGCUGCCGGACUGCCCACCUGGAGCCGGGGGUUUACCACCACCGCAGAGAACUCAGAACACCACAGACACCCUCCAGAACAUCACGGCCCGAAACAUGACCGACUUCCUGCUCAAGAGCUACCAGAAAUCAGGCAAAAUACGAUAUGGAGGAAUAUCUGUAGGUGGCGUGAACUCGCAGGUCAAACUGAAUGAGUCUGACAUUACAGCAGUGAUCAGCGACCUCAAAUUAUUCUUCAACAUCUCACAGUAUAACCAGACUGACCAAAUUUUCCAGGCCAUUCGGUUGGUACUAUUGGAGAUAGGCACCAGAGACAAUGUGAAGGUAUGGUUCUAUAAUCAGGGUUGGCAUUCCAUCGUAUCGUUCCUGAAUGUGGCCAGUAAUGGCAUUCUCAGAGGAAACCUGCCAGCGGGACGCAGAGCAGGCGACUACGGCAUCACAACAUUCAACCACCCACUUAAUCUCACUAAAGAACAGCUCUCGUUUGUAGCGCUGGCCACGACCUCUACGGAUGUGGUGGUGUCGAUUUGCGUGAUCUUCGCCAUGUCCUUCAUCCCUGCCAGCUUUGUCCUCUUCCUCAUCCAGGAGCGCGUCAGUAAGGCCAAACACCUGCAGUUUGUGAGCGGCGUGAAUCCUACCAUCUACUGGCUGGCCAACUUCGCCUGGGACAUGUGUAAUUAUGUCAUCCCAUGUAUCAUCGUCAUCAUCAUCUUCCUGUGUUUCCAACAAAAAUCUUACGUCUCUCCACCCAACCUGCCUGCACUCAUACUGCUGCUGGUGCUGUACGGGUGGUCCAUCACUCCGAUGAUGUAUCCCGCCUCCUUCCUGUUCAGCGUUCCCAGCACAGCGUAUGUGGUUCUGACCUGCAUCAACCUCUUCAUCGGCAUCAACGGCAGCGUAGCCACAUUCAUCAUGGAGCUCUUUGACGACCCGAAUAUAACAAAAAUCAAUGACAUAGUGAAACAGGUUCUGCUGGUGUUUCCUCAUUUCUGUUUGGGAAGAGGCCUGAUGGACAUGGCCAAAAACCAGGCAGUGGCCACCCUCUACAAAAACCUGGGCGAAGACCGCUUUGAAAAUCCUCUCAACUGGAACAUGGUGGGCAAGAAUCUGUUUGCCAUGUCCAUUCAGGGGGCAGUUAUGUUCGCCCUGACCCUCCUCAUACAGUACAAGUUUUUCUGCAAAUCAAUGUCAGUAAAGUCGCUGCCUACAUCAUUAGAGGGAGAGGAUGAAGAUGUGGCUCGUGAGCGUGAACGGGUGCACCAGGGCGGAGCUCAGAAUGACCUGCUCCAAAUAUGUGACCUCACUAAGGUGUACCGUAAGAAGCUCACUCCAGCCGUGGAUAAAGUCUGUGUGGGUGUUCCUGCUGCAGAGUGUUUUGGUUUGUUGGGGAUAAAUGGUGCAGGUAAAACUACAACUUUUAAAAUGCUGACUGGAGACAUCAGCCCAACAGCAGGAGAUGCCUUCCUAAACGGAUACAGCAUCCGCAAUGAAAUGCAGUUGGUGCAGCAGAAUAUGGGUUACUGUCCGCAGUUUGAUGCCAUAGAUGACCUUCUGACAGGACGAGAACACCUGGAGUUCUACGCUCGACUCCGAGGGGUUCCGGAAAAGGAGGUUUCCAUGGUGGCUGAGUGGGGCAUUCAGAAGCUCGGCCUUGUGAAAUACUCAGAGAAAUCUGCAGGAACGUACAGUGGCGGCAACAAGCGCAAACUCUCCACUGCCAUGGCUCUGAUUGGCUGCCCUCCUCUGGUCUUCCUGGAUGAGCCCACCACGGGUAUGGACCCCAAGGCCCGCCGUUUUCUGUGGGACUGUAUCCUCAGUAUCAUUAAGGAGGGUAGAUCUGUUAUUCUCACCUCACACAGUAUGGAGGAGUGUGAAGCGCUCUGCUCACGCAUGGCCAUCAUGGUGAAUGGACAGUUCAAAUGCCUGGGCAGCAUCCAGCACCUUAAGAGCAGGUUCGGGGAAGGUUACACACUGAUCGUUCGCGUGUGUGCCGAUCAUGCCGACGUGUGCGUGGUGGAGUCGUUUGUGCGGGAUACGUUUCCUGGCAGCACUUUGAAAGAGAAACAUCACAACACACUGCAGUACCAGAUACCGCAGGGAGAGGGAACCCUCGCGCACAUCUUCAGCCAGCUCAACAAACACCAGCAGAUGCUGCAGGUGGAAGAUUACUCUGUGUCACAGACCACACUAGACCAGGUUUUUGUGAGUUUCGCGCGGCAGCAACGUGAUGAAGAGGACUGCGUGUUUGAGAACGACGUGGAUCUGAAUGAUGAAAUACAAACAUCAACAACAUGAAUUAAACAUCAAUCAGCACAAACCAGCAGUUACUGGCACUUUAUCAUGUUUUUUUUUUUUUAUUAUUUAUUUUAAUCACGUAGGCCACCAAGAUUUGAUGAUUUAGUUUAAAACGUCCAACCAGAAAAAGAGAGAAAACCUUUAGGAAAACCUCAGGGGUCGUUUUUUUAUACAAUAUUUUUAUCCAAAGAAUUAUCAAUGAAAUAUCUGCUCAACUUCAUAUUUUUACUGAAAAUAUUUAAAUGCUAAGAGAUUAUGUAUUUAAAAUUGCAUCGUGUACUGUAUCAAUAAAUCACAUUGUAUUUUUGGGGCGAUUUGGGGUUUAUAUUUCCAGGGAGGAAGAACGGAGAGAAAUUUCAGCUUUAUUAUCAAUUUAUUUUCUAGUUGUCAGUUGUACUUAUUGAAAGACCACAUGCAUUGAUUUUUGCUUUUUGAAUCUCAGGAUAAAAUGUCAUGCACUUUAAAGCAGCGUUUCGUAACCUUUUCUGUCUUAUGCACUUGUACUACCACGUCAAUAAGGCUCAAGUAUAUUUAUUUUAUACUGUAAGUCAUAUUUUCUGUUUUAUAGGUUUGUUGGUAACACUUUACAAUAAGAUUCCAUUAGUUAAUGCAUUAAGCAACACAUUUGCGGAAGAAUAGCACUUUAGUUUAGGGUCCAGUUCUCACUGUUAACUAGUUGCUUAUUAGCAUGCAUAUUACUAGGAUAUUGGCCAUUUAUUAGUACUUUAUUAGUACACAAAUUAAUGCCUUAUUCUGCAUGACCAUAUUCUACAUCCCUUAAACCUACCAAUACCUAAACUUUUCGUUGUUAGUUCAUGUUAGCUCAGGUCCAUUAAAUAAUAUUAACAGAUACAACUUUUCAUUUUAAUGUUGUAAUUAACAUUACCUGAGAUGAAUAAAUUCUUUAGAAGUAAUUCUCAUUGCGAGUUCAAUUUAACUACCAAAUGGAACCUUAUUGUAAAGUGUUAUCAGUUUAUACCAGCAGAAAUCUAAAUCAGUUUUGUCCAUUAAGGGUACAUGUACCUGUGGUUCGGAAUGACUGCUUUAGACUGUUGGAUGCGUCUAUAGGAAGCUAUUCAGUAGGACAGAGAGGGAUGUGAUAUAUGCAACAUGAAAUGCAAUGAGAACAUUUUUACCUCAAACACACACAAAAGAUUUCCACUCUUAAUCCUGCCAUUUAUUCUGCAUUUGUAUGCACUCCCAUGAUCCUGUGAGUCUGUUGCUCAGAUAUUUGUUCUGCUUAUUGCUUUAUGCACAGACACACAUUAAACAUUUGCACACUC